CGCAACUCCAUUGCCUUGUUUUACCACAAAGCUUACCUUGUCGACACUUGCGUCCGUUCAAACAUUAAUUGCUCGAAUGAUAGAUGACUCUGUCUAUUUGUAGCAUGUGAUUACCUAUACGGACUUAUGCUGACCCGUGCUUCCGGAUGACAGUGGAAUCAGCUGCCUUUAACGGCGAACUUGAUGAUCAACCAUAUUGCACCACUUUCCCAUCUUCUCCAUCACCUUGUAGCUUUUCGCCUUCCUCGCAUCACAGACGGGUUUCCUUCCAUGCUCCCAAGCAAGCUGGUCAAACUUACUCCAGGAACAUCUCUGCCUCCAAGGUCGUAAUGUGCAGAAGCUGGUAUCAGCCUAUGGCUAUUGUACCUGCAAUACUUGGCUGCCUAGCAUUAACAUCAGCUCAUCCUCACCCAGACAGUCCCGGUGAUAUUGCCACACAUGAGACUCUCAGCUGGACUGAAUCUUCUCUAUCAUGGGUAAACAGACAGACUUGUCGCUGGCUGAGCGACUGCGAGACAUCGAGGUCAAAUGUCGAAGAAUCAUAUUAUCGAACUCUCCACUCAGACCAACAAACGCCUCUGUCACAAGUCCAACCUCACGACGUGCCGCUAGAUUCCACGAAGUUUUGGACUAGCGGUCUUGAAGAGCCGGAAAAGUGGUCCAAAGAAGAACAUCUCUCGAGAAAGAUUCCUCAAUAUGUCUACGACUACACACCGUAUGUCCAUUUGUUCUCAGGAGAGCAGUUCUGGCCGUGUGACAUAGCUGAACAUCUCGUUCACACAUCUCCCUACGCAAACUAUACCUUAAUACGAAGCAUGGAGAACGACAGAACUCUGGAAAACCUCGAUGAGCUCAAUCAAUACGGCCGCUUCGCAUACUUGAAGAGUGAGGACAACGUAGAGGAACGUCCUGACUGGCUAGGUGGAAGUUCGAACAUUCCCAGAAGUCCCGAAGACGUGUAUGACGAAUCUCAUGAUCGACUAUUGAAGAAUCCACCACUGAAGCCAGGACGAGUACCUGGUCGGAAGCGUUGGAACGAGUUCAGCAGAAAUGGUCCUGAGGACCAUAGCAAGCCCUCAAACAGGUUGCAAGAACGCGGAGGGCACAGCUCUGCUCCAGCAGUACUCAUCGUUGUGCCCAAGGAAGACGGUGUGGUUGAUGCCUUCUGGUUCUACUUUUACAGUUACAACCUUGGAAACAAGGUCUUCAACAUCCGAUUCGGAAACCACGUGGGAGACUGGGAGCACUCGAUGGUGAGGUUCCGAAACGGCACUCCCGAGGCAGUAUACAUCUCGGAACACGGAGCCGGCGAGGCAUACGCAUAUCACGCAGUCGAAAAGUAUGGCAAGCGGCCAGUGAUCUACAGUGCGACAGGCACACAUGCAAUCUACGCAACGCCAGGGUUGCACCCGUAUGUUCUACCGUGGGGUCUUUUGCACGACCAAACUGAUAAAGGACCGCUCUGGGACCCAACCUUGAACCACCACGCAUAUGUCUACAACUACACAUCUCGGCACUUGAAAUCAUCCGCUCAAACACCGCAUGCGCCUGUGAGUUGGUUUAACUUCAGGGGCCAUUGGGGCGAUAAGAUGUAUCCCAUGAGUGACAAGAGGCAGUACAGAUUUUGGGGGCAGUAUCAUUAUGUCAGUGGGCCGAUUGGACCCAGAUUCAAGAACUUGGGGCGCAAGAAGGUGUGCCAGCGCAUGCAAGCACAGUGUGUGAUUAGGCAUUGGCUGGGAGAAGGUGGUGACGAUGGAGAGAAGAAGUUGCCAGGGUCCGAAACAGGGGAUGAAGUACUCGAGUAACGAAAACGUAGAGGCGUAGAAAUCCCAACAUCAUCAAACCUUGGUCAGAAGUCAUCGCACGCAGAACAACUACCAGAUCGAAGGACAUACUAGAAGUAGCUGGGCAGUCUUCAUCACCUCAAGAUAGGUGCUUUUCAUGGCACGUCUGAGGUAGAGGCUCCGGAAGGUUUAAGCAGCGUACGGGAUCAUGCAUCGGGCCGGUAUGAGUAUGGACAUGACGCAUGUUUCAGGAAAUUCACAC